AUGAUAGGAGCAGAUCCAUACAAAACUGAGGGUGUUAUUCUUAAUAAAAAUCAUUUUGAGGCUUUUGUACGUGAUUUACUGUUAGUAAAACAAUAUAGAGUAGAGAUAUAUGUUAACCAAGGGUCAGCAAAAAAUCAAAAUUGGGUAUUAGAAUAUAAGGGCUCUCCUGGUAAUUUAACACAGUUUGAAGAUGUGAUAUUUGGUAAUAAUGAUGUUGCCGUUAGCGUAUGCGUAAUAGCUGUGAAAUUAGGAAUGGAAGGAAAAUCCAGAAGUGUUGGAUUAAGCUGUGUAGAUACUACAGCAACUUUAUUUUCUGUAUGUGAAUUUCAAGACAUUGAAUCAUUUUCUAAUUUGGAAUCACUUGUUGUUACACUAGCUCCAAAAGAAUGCUUACUAAUUCAGGGUGAAGGCAGUUAUGAAUUUCAAACUCUAAAACAAUUAAUGGAACGUAAUAAUGUAAUGGUCACUACAAGGAAAAAAAAUGAAUUUUCUAGUGAAUCUGUUAUACAAGACUUAAACACUUUAUUAAAAUUCAAGAAAGGUCAACAGCAAACUGCACAAUCUUUACCUGAAAUCAAUUUAACUUUUGCUAUGUCUGCUACAUCUGCUCUUAUCAAAUAUUUAGAUUUAACAUCAGAUGAAGGAAAUUUGAAUCAGUUUAGCAUAGACCAAAUAAAACAGUCGCGUUAUUUGAAGUUAGAUUCAUCUGCUAUAAAAGCACUUAAUAUUGAACCACGCAUUGAUAGUGCCUCUAUUAUAAGUGGAAAUGCACCUACAAGUAUUUUGACCCUUUUGGAUAAAUGUAGAACAUCUCAGGGGCAUAGACUUCUUGCACAAUGGGUCAGACAACCUUUGAAAGAUUUAUCUCUUAUAAAAGAAAGACACGAUAUUGUUGAAGCAUUGGUGAAUGAUAAUGAUUUAAGAUCGAAUCUUAGCGAAGAUCAUUUGAGACGCGUCCCGGACUUGCAAGUACUUGCAAAAAAGUUAGCCAGAAAGAAAGCAACCUUACAAGAUUGCUACAAGUAA